GACAUUGUCCCGCUUCUUGUCUAUGACUACAAAGAUCCGAGGUGCUGCUGUUGUUGCACAACAACGAAUUCUCGAAUUGGCUGCACAGUGGAACAAUAUGCCUAACACUAAGACUGUUCAUGUGCCUCAUCUGGGCGGCAUCGAUGCCGCAUACCAGAUGCCACAUCCUUACGAUCCUGCGAAGCCAACUGUGGUCCUUGUGAACAGUUUUACUACUUCGAGCGAGUUGUACAAAUCACAGUAUGCGAACAAGGAAUUGACGAAUGCGCUCAAUCUCAUAUCGAUUGAGCUGCUUGGACAUGGUCAGACUCGGACCGACACGGAGAAUUUCACCUACUGGGACACCGCGAUCAUGAAUCUUCAGGCCCUCGAAGCUCUUGAUAUUAGAGGCAAAGUCUUCGUCCUUGGUACUUCGCAGGGCGGAUGGAUCUGCGUCAGAAUGGCCCUUCUGGCACCAGAGAAGAUCGCCGGAAUUAUCCCACUGGGCACAUCAAUGGACUACGAAUCUGAGCGAACACGUCAACUUGGCUGCUGGCAAGGCUUUGAUGCCCUCGGUGGUACGAUUCAAGAGUGGACGACCACGACUCCCACACCAGACUUUGUUCCUACUGACGAUUACUGCAACUUCUUGAUCGAUGUUGGUUUCGGUCAAGAUGUUCCUGCUGAGACGCGGAAAUUCUGGACUCAGACGAUCAAGUCGAAUUAUCAGGGAGAUGAUGGAAGACGUCGAGCUCGGAUGGCUGCUAUCAAUUUGAGGGAGCGGGAUGGAUUGCAUUCGAGGUUAUCGGAUGUGAAGUGUCCUGUGCUUUGGAUGCAUGGGACUUCGGAUCAGGUGUACAGUGUUGCAAACGCGGAAGAAGAGAUCAAGUUGUUUACCAACUGCGAUGCGAAGCUUCAAGUGGUAGAAGGCGGGCAGCACUUUUUGUCUUUCUCUCAUCCAGAGAUUGUGGAUUCUGCAUUGCUGCAAUUUGUCAAGAAGCACGCCUGAUAGGCAACAACAUGCUGCUACAACGAACGUGGUUGAGAAUUCGAAGCCACCUGUCUCUACCAUUGAUAUUGAUGAAUAACCUUUAGGCAGCUGAUUUUGUAGCAGUAUAUGUAUACGAAAGGCAUGUCAGGCACGAAUACACGAACCUCGCCAUGUCUCAAUCCCAAA